CACUGAACGCCCCCCGGAGGCCGGCCACAACUACUACAGUGAUCAGCGCGUCCUAAAUCCACCCUGAAUCUUUAGCGCGGCGGCGGCGCCUUUAAGAGACAGAAACUCCGCACAGCCAUCUGGAGGCAUCAAAGUUGUCCGCCGGUUGGGGCAGAGCAACCACUGAAGCUGCUGGCGCUGAGGUCUGCUACCACCGAAUCAUCUCAAGGCUGAACGGAUCUGGCGCGCCCAGUUCCCUUUGCGAGCGAACCACUGAGCUGCGGAGCGCAGGCCCGGCGGGAGUCCUCCCCUUUCCCCAAUUAAGGCAGGGCAGAGCCGAGCACUGGCUGCGCGCUGACCCCAAAGAUGGGGCGGGGGAGGGGCUGGCAGCAGCAGCUGCUGCUGCAGAUUUGGCUCUGGGAGGGAUGCUGCUACUUCGCCCUCCUCCUCCUCGUCCUCCUGCUGCUGCCCCCUAAGCCGGUCGUUGGUUGCUGUUGUGCAGUUUGAGGGGCGCGCAGGCGGGGCUCGCAUAAGAGGCUACCCAAGGAAGCGAGGCGGCAACACCAGGCAGAAGCGGCGAGGGACGGUCUCCGCUUGCUGCAGCCUAGGCGAGCUGGGCUCAUCCGGAGUGCGGAAAGGGCAGAGCGGCCGGGACCCUUGCCUCGCCGUCGCCCUACUUCGCCUUCCCCGCCCCGAGGUUGGAGCAGACAGGGCAGCAGCUCCAGAGAAAGCGUCCCUUCUGCCUGCCUGCCUGCCUGGCAGCCCCCACCGCAGCGGCGGAGACGAAGGAAGCGGGGGCAGCUCGUGGCUGGCAGUGCGCGGGAGGGGAACGGGGGGACACUCACACGCGCGGGUUUCCUCCUCCGCCGGCCGCGCGUGCGUCGUGCGAGGGGGCCGGCGAGAGGAAGAGCUCAGCCCCGAGGAGAGGCAGAGGAUGCCGCGGCCGCCGCUCGUGGGGACGGAGGGAGCCUGAGGUGCGAAGGGAAGAUGGAGCCGACGGCCGUGGCGGCGACCCUGGCAUGAGGCGGAGGAGCCCUGCAGCCGCUGCGCCCGGAGUAGCUCCGCGUUUCCGAAGAUACUAAAGCAACCUGUGAAGAAUCUCCAUGAAGGUGAUCAGCCAUGCAAUGUUCCUGGAAGGCUGUCCUCCUACUCGCUUUGGCCUCUAUUGCUAUCCAGUACACAGCUAUCCGCACCUUCACAACCAAGUCCUUCCAUAGCUGCCCUGUACCCAACCCAAUGAACUGCAGCCUGAAUCAGGAGACUGAAUCAGCUGACAGACUUUGUGAUGAAAGCCCAACCUUUGCAUAUAAUCUUUCCAAGAAGACACAUGUCCUCAUCUUGGCCACAACCAGAAGUGGCUCCUCUUUUGUUGGGCAGCUGUUUAACCAACAUUUUGAUGUCUUCUAUUUAUUUGAACCCCUCUACCAUGUCCAGUACACCUUGAUCCCAAAGCUGACACAGACCAAGGGCUCUACAGACAGGCGGAUCAUGUUGGGAGCUGGCCGAGAUUUACUGAGGAGCCUCUAUGACUGUGACCUCUACUUCUUGGAAAAUUACAUUAAGCCCCCGCCGGUGAACCAUACAACAGAUAGGUUGUUCCGCCGGGGGGCCAGCAAGGCUCUGUGCUCCCCACCAGUUUGUGAGUCGUUGACAAAUAUUGAUAUUCCGCUGGAGGAAGGAGACUGUGUGAAAAAAUGUGGCACCUUGAACCUAACACUGGCAACUGAGUCAUGCAAAGAGCAUGGGCAUGUCGCUAUCAAGACUGUGCGGGUGCCUGAAGUCAGUGACCUCCGAGCCUUGGUAGAGGACCCCAGGCUCAACCUGAAAAUCAUACAACUGGUGAGGGACCCUAGGGGCAUCCUUGCCUCCAGGAGUGAGACAUUUCGAGAUACCUACAGGCUUUGGCGUAUCUGGGAUGGCACAGGUAGGAAACCCUAUAACCUGGAUGUGACACAGCUCACUACUGUCUGUGAGGACUUUUUGAACUCGGUUUCUACUGGACUAAACAGGCCAUCUUGGCUCAAGGGCAAAUACAUGCUGCUUCGGUAUGAAGACCUGGCCAGGAAUCCCUUGAAAAAGACAGAGGAGAUGUAUGAAUUCCUGGGCAUCCCCAUGGACAGCAACGUGGAACGAUGGAUACAGAACAACACAAGAGGAGACAGAUCUGCAGCCAAACACAAGUAUGGUACAGUCCGAAACUCAGCAGCAACAGCUGAGAAGUGGAGGUUCCGCCUUUCGUAUGAAAUUGUGGCAUUCACACAGAAUGCCUGCCAGCAGUUGUUGGUACAACUAGGUUAUAAACUAGUGUCCUCUGAGGAGGAGUUAAAGAACCUUUCCAUCAGCCUGGUGGAAGAAAGGGACUUCUUGCCCUUCUGGUAACACAGACAUUAGGGUUUCGUAUUUUAAAUUUGAUACGAGCCAUUUCCUAACUGUUGCCUUAUUUUCCCGUUCCCCAUUUAUUCUUUGAAAUUUGCACUAAUUCUUGAAUGGGAAUCUCAAAAGGAGUAAACAUGAAGAAAGCAUCUCCACUCAUGGUAUGAAAUAUGAGUAUUGGGUACCUUAAAAGCAAAUUAAAGAAACUGUGGAUGGAUAGCAAUGUUUACAAAUCAGACUCACACAACAAUGUAUAAAAGGAAAAAAAGUAACCCUCAGGUUUUCCACAAUGAAGGACACCUGGGGAAAUAUACUUUUGCACUGUUUACUUUUACAAUGUAAGAGGUAACUAUAAAUAUAUACAUAUAUAUAUAUGUCUAAUUUAAGAAUAGUGUUGUCACUUCCCAUUUAACUCUUCCUUAUUAUGAGCAGGUUUUACUGUUAGCUGAAUGUGGAAUAUCUCCUUGUUUUUAAUCUUGUUUUGAUAUGUCUGUUUGAGUCAUGUUAUCAGGCUGGUCGCUGAUCCAUGGUUUGUUUAGUAACACCUAUGACAUUUCUUUGUGCCAAAAAGAAAAAAAAUGGUUUGCUGAACAGCAACAACAGACCCUUAAUGCUUUAUCUCUGUGUUUUCUGCAAAUAAAGAAUUCAGUAAAA